GUGCUGCGAGUGCAUAAAGCGUAACGUUCUGGCUCCGUACAUUUCAACUGUGCUGUACAUCUGGCAGCAUUGUGGAAAAUCAUUUUGUCAUUCCAAUAAAUCUUGUUCGUCUAAGCAGUCCAAGGUUGAAGCUUGCAAACUUAAAUUCAUUUUUUUUUUUUAAACUUAAGUGCUGAUUGAUUUUACAACAUAGUACUUUGUGUGUUGGGAGCAAAGGCAAAUUUUUUGCUUCUAGAAUAUUUCCUCUACAUCUCCACUUUUGUUAGUUUUGCAAUAGUAUGAACGAAUGACGCCUACAACUUUAAAUCAUAUUUGCUGAGUUGCAGCUAACGCAGUUAUUUUGCGAUCAAGAGAUUUCCAGCAACAAUUGUACGGGCGUAGAUAAGUGUAAAAAUGGGAGACGAAAUCACCGAGAAAUUGAUAGAUUUAAGAAAUUACAUUCCAUUCAUAGAUUUUGCUCUAAAUCUAAGCGAAGAGAAAUACAGAAAAUUUCAAACUAUUAAAGAAUGGAUUAUUCAUAAAAAAAGAUUUGCGUUGGACAAUCUGAUUCAAAUUGAAAAAGCGAUUACCUGUCAAUACAGAAAAUUACUUUUACUUAAAGAUUUGGAAAUACCCGUAGAAAUAAAACAUAUAUUUGAUAAGAAAAUCAUAUAUGAAUAUGUCGAUCUGUGCUCCGAUGAUGAAACCGAAAGCGAUGAAAUUGAAAACGUUAAUGAAUUUCUUUUUUCGCUAAUAAAAUCCGAUAUACACUCGAAAGAGGUAGAAGAGAAGACGGAAACAGUUCCGCAGUUUGAAUCUAUAUCGUCAAGAACGGAUUUGGAUGGAACUUCAAUUAUUAAUUUGAAAGAUAUAAAAUUUGAUGUAUUAAAUUUUAACGGUGAUAAUGAGAAGAAACUCUUUAAAAGACGGUCGGAUCUCCUAAAUGAAGAAGUUUCGAUAAAGAAAAAACGUUUGCCUUCGUUAUCUUCUAUCGAAACUUUAUCUUCAAUUUCCCCUGUCAAAAGCGAAGCGGACCUUGCUCGAAAGCUUGGAAAGUUUGCAAUCAAUCAGGAAAGUACUAAUGAAAGCAACCGCCCAGGCAGCCCGCUUUCUUUCGCAACAAUAUGGAAAACAUUGAGCAACAAGGACAAGAAUAAUCUAAAAAUAAUUUCUGAACAUGUUCAAACUCAAGAAAAGUCUGAAAUCGUCGAUGGCAAAGAAGGGAGGAACGCAAUACCCGAUCAUGCAACUGGAAUAAAUAAUGAACAUCGUUUGCUUAAUCGACAAGCUUUCCCCGAACAGCAAGCUCGUCCAUCCGUUGCAUUUAAUCAAUGUCCGCAAUCUUUUGCAAAUGAAAACAAUCAGCUCGCAGCUUAUCCUGUUAAUGUUUCUAAUCCGUAUCAACCUGUCUAUGCUUUUGAUCCGUACGCGCUAGCUAAUAGGACCUCCUGCCUAAAUGAUGGUCGAUUUUUUGGCACUCCUCUUGCUUUUCCCAAUCAUCUUAUUAGAAAUUCCAUUGGCGUUGCACCUGAUUGUCCUAUUUACAUUUCUAAUCAUUAUCAGCGGCCCAACAUUUACACCAACAGUCCAGGCUUAGGCUGGUGUGCUCCGUUACAAAGUGUGCCACCUUUAUUUCCGCGUCAUAUUGCAGAUUCGCAGUUUCGCAUGCCAUAUGCUCAAACGCCGAUGCAUAGAUAUAAUUGUACUACAAAUUGUGCCCAUCCCACUCAACGAUCAGUUCCUCUUAAUGUGACUCAACAACAGAGGUCGGCAAAAAACUUCACACUCAGAUCUGUGGAAUCAAACAAGCCUACAAUUUAUGAAGAAUAUAAGAAAAGUGAAAAAUCUGGAGAAGAAUGGCAGCGGAAACAUCAAAUGCAUGAAAAACGGCACCAGAUAGAGAAAAAGGUACAAGAAGAGGGGCUUACUAGUCAAAAGAAAGACCAAAAAUUAGAAAGGAUGGAGAAAAAAAUGAAUGAAACGCAGCAGCAGACGGAAACAGAAAAACCGAUUAAAGAGUCAGUGGAAGCCAUCGAAAGCGAAAGAGGGGAAUUAAAGACGACAGAAAACGAAAAAAAUAAUGCGCAACAGCAAAUGAAUAUACAAACACAAUUGAAAGAUUCAGUAAUUGCCAAAGUAACGGGCAAAUUAGAAUCAAAGAAGAAUAAGAACAGAAAGCAUGAAGGGCAGCAGCAAAUGGAACCGCCAAGACAAGCCAAAGAAGUAACGGCUGAUGAGGAAAGGGAAAAACUGGAAUUCGAAAAGAAAGAAACGGCAAGGCUACAAAUGGAAGCAACAAAACGAAAUAAAGAACCAGCAUAUGGCAAGGAAAGCGGAGAAUUGGAAUCAAAGAAGAAACGGAGCGAAGAGAAUAAGGCACAACAAUGCAUCGAAGUGAAGAAAAAAAAGAAAAAAAGCAAAGCAGCAUCGGAUGCCAAGGAUAGGGAAACACUGGAAUUAGAGAAGAAACAGAGCCAAAAAUAUAAUAUGCGUCUACGCCUAAAAGCAAUAAAACAAACCGAAGGAAUAGCAAGCAGUUGGAAAAUUGAAGUCCCAAAAACGAUUCGAGAGGCAAGGAAUCUAAAGCAAAGGCAAAAAAUUGAUUCAAAGAAAAAAGAGAAGAAAGAAAUCGAAAAGCAGCGUGUAUUCCAAGCUUCCUUUUUGCAAAACAAACAUGAAAAAUUAUCGAAAAUACCUAAAAUAACUCAAAAGCAAAUCUCUGAGGAUGGAAAUAAAAAUAGCGCGAUUCAUCGCGAAAAAAAUAAAGGAAUGUUUAUGCAAACACAACAUCCGGGACUUUCUGGUAGGAAAAAUGUCGAUAAAGGAUUUACAAACCUAGAGUCUAGUUCAAAUGGACAAGCUUUCACUAUUAGCCCGCUUCAAUUGAAUAAAAGCGGUUCGUCAAAUGACAGUGGCAAAGGUAAAAAGGGGACGAAAAAUCGCAAAUGUCUCACAGAAGAUGACUCCUUUGAUUCACAAGCAACUAGUUUUUCGGUUUUAAAAAAAAUGAAACGAAAUUGUAAUGACGUUAUUAACAAUCAAUCGAGUUUACUUCCUUCGCGAGAUAAGCUAAAUCAAGUAGAAACUCUAUCCGCAGCGGGGCAAACAUUUUAUGCAUACCUAGCUGAAGAGCGCUCUGAAAUUGUUGAAGAGUGUGAAACAUAUACCUCAAAAAUUACCCAACAUAAGAAGCGUAACAACAAUUGCAAAAUGACUGAAAAGAGCACUACUUUCUGUGUUCUUUGUAAAUCCCGACCCAAUGAUUUGGUUAAUCAUUACAUACGAAAGCAUCGCACCGAAUCGUAUAUAUCUCGUCUGACAAACGCUGAAUUACGUGGGUUGAUUAAAAAUACAAAUUAUGCAGAUCCACAAAAAUCCAGCAACCAAUCUAUCGAAUGCUACACAGUUAUUUGCCCUUUCUGUCAAUAUGAUGUAACUGAAUCGUUUAUGAGGCUAUAUAAUCACUUUUCCAAACAUACGGGAGAAUACGCUUUCAUCUGCAGCUGGUGUUUAUUGUCCAAACCGUUUCGCGCUGACAUUGAAUCCCAUCAGCGGCAUGCGAAGAAUUGUCGGAACGCAAACAUAUCGAUAUUAUAUCGUUAUCCGCGGAACGCAACAGUAAUUUAUUUAUAUUACUGUUCUUUAUGUAAUUAUGUGCAACUGAACGAAGCCAACAUUGCGAAACAUUUGCGUGAACAACAUAACCCACACGAUGCAGUCCAAGCUAAUAUCAAAAAUUGUAUUCUCGCAGCAAUAAGAGAAGAACCACGGACGCAACUCGAAGAAAUUAUUCCGAAAUCAAAAACAAUUGAAUCUGAUUUAAUUGAAGGUAAAAACGAGACGUUGUCAGAAAAGUUGAAUUAUUUAAAUGAAAAAGAAAAACUUGCCGUGCGUAAUGAACCGUGUGUUGAGAUACGCGAAAUGGAUGAGUUUCCUACAUCUGAAAUUCCCUGGUCUGUUGCUGGGAAUAGAAUGAUUCCUAUAAAAUGUGAAGAGAUUGACAUUAGUGAAACGAGUUUUCAAGCCCAAACACUUUCUUCGACUUCGUUGAGACAUUCACCGCCUAAAUCUUUAUUCAACCAGAUAACUAACGAAUCGCAAUAUGAAGGGCUUGAAAAGGUUGAAUUUAACUUAGCUGAAAUAAGAGACAGGGCGGUUGAAGACAUGUCAUGUUCCAAUGAACCAUGCACAAACGACAUUGAUGUGGGUAAUAAACUAAUGGAACUUAAAACUGCCCAAGUUCACCGUUCGAUAAAAGAAAUUGAAAUAACUUCGAUAAAAUGUGAAGCAAUUGAGAUUAGUGACAACCAUUCUCCCAUAGCACCAUCAUUUCCCCCUCCAGCAAUUGGUGCGCAAUUUGAGCUAUGGCCUAAGCAAAUAGUAGCCGAAGCUGUGUUUAAAUACCGUUCUAUACCUGCAAAUGAAAGAUAUUGGGGGUUGUACAAAUGCAUCUAUAACAAUUGUUAUUUUUCAACUGAUGAAAAAAAUGAGUUUUUAUCUCAUCUGAAAUGUCAUGAUGAUAGUGGAUGCCCUCCGAAGAAAUAUCUCCAAUGUGCUUAUUGCACUCCUUUAAACAAGUGUAACACAGCGCAAGAAUUGGUCGAACAUAUUCAACUAAAGCAUCAACAUAGCAUAUAUCAAUGUUCCUUGUGUUCUUAUCGCAGCUCUACCUCAUCGAAUGUCACCAUUCAUCAGCAGUUGAAGCAUUCAACCGUACGACAGAACUGUAUAAUAUACAAGUGCGGUAAUCAAGAAAGUACUUACCACCAAGAGAAGCAAUAUUUAAUGACGAAAAAGGCUCAAUAUGUACAAAAAAUCGCAUGUCCAUAUUGUGCAGCAAGUUUCUACGGAUCCAUUCAUCUAAAGAGGCACGUGAAUGAUGCCCAUCAAGUAUACAGUUUCAAUUCAGACGACUUGAAGAUUUAUUCCUGCAUUUAUUGCGAGACGAGUGACACGGAUCAAAAGAAUAUUCACAUGCAUCUAGCCGUCAAUCAUCCUGAUGAGCUCCCUUUCAUGUGUAAUCAUAAUGCAACUGAAGCUGCAAAGGUUGAUUGUGUUGAGUCUUUGAAACUGAUCAAUGUAGGCGAGACAAUAUCUUCAAAUUUCAUAGAAGAUAUUAGUAAUCAAAGAUUCGGUGCUAAAGAUUUUAAUGAAAAGAAACUACUACAGUUGGAUGUCAGACGGGAUUUAGAGGCACUAAAUGAUACGGUCAAAGUUCAUUUACUUAAAUUGACAAAAUCUACAGAGGUGCCAUUAGUUAGUUUAUUUCGUUGCCCAGAAUCUAUAUGCGGAAGCUGUUUUCCGUCAUAUGAAGCCUGGUUUCAACAUAUGAAAGCCUGCCAUCAGAGUUUAUUUUAUUAUUGCCCCCAUUGUCCAUCUAUCAAUACGGAUCGAGAGCUGCUCAGUCUUGAAAAUUUCAAAAUACACUUCGAGGAACAUUCCCGUCGUAAUUAUAUUUGCUUUGACUGUUUGAAUACUUUCAACUGCGGGAAGGUACUGAGAAUACACGCCCUAACAGCUCAUAAUUUUAAUGAAUGGAGUGUCGAAGAAAUACAUGACAACAGCUUUGAUUGUUAUUAUGUUUUAAUCCGGAAAAAUCUCUACAAAGAUCGUUUAGCAUUUUUGACAAAAUUUGUGGAGAUGCUUGAUAAUCAAUUACGGAAAUUAGGAGACAAGAACGAAUUGCAAAAUGAAUGGCUAAUACCAAAAGCCACGCCCUGGUUAGAGAAUUUUCCCGUAAGCAUUAGCGAUUGGAAAAUCUCAAAGAAAUGUUUAUAUAGCGCGUGUGAUUUUCGCGCAGCAGAAGAUGACGCGUGGUUCGAGCACGUAUGUAAUGAACACGAUAUUUCUGGACGUGGUUUCUCGUGUUCUCAAUGUGCAUUCGAAAUCCCACGUUGCGAAUCGUGGGAACCUAUAAUUGAACAUUUAAAAAUCCACUCAAAUUGCUAUCUUUACAUAUGCUGCGUGUGCUUGUCUUAUCACUGCUAUCGAUCAAAUCUAACGGCGCAUAUAAUACAGGAACAUGACGCACAGGACGUGCCAUUUGUUCAGCUUAUCAAAAAAUACAAAACCGUUUUUGUUGAAGUAGGCUUCAGUUUUGCAAGAGGAGCCCGUUGUUUUUCCACCAUACACGAUUGCAUUUGCUGUGAAAAGCAUGAUAUGUUGGGGCGAGACGAGUUCGGUUUACACCUCAAGAAUUAUCAUAAAUUAACAUUAAGUUAUUACUGUCAGUUAUGUUACAAGUAUUUAGAUAAUCCUCAUAGUUGCGAUGAUCACUUAAAAGUAAAACACACUUCAGACAAACCAAAAAUUUAUUGCAAAUUAGCAUUUAAAGGCAAUGUGACCGUAAAGUCAGUAAAGCCAUUUGAGUUAGAAGUGGGUAAUUCCGCGGCAAUAAAAAUUGAAACAACUACGCCACUAUAGUUGCAAAAAAAUACGACAAUAUAAAACUAACAAACGAUAGCAUAUAUGUUAUCGGCAUGAAAAAAAUCUCCAAAAAAUCUUUAAUCCAAUAUAUAAUACUUUACUUUAAUAUCAAAUUUAAAUAUCAAAAAAGUGAAUCAAAAGCAAAUUUUAAAACCACUAAGCGAUCGAUAAUGAAACUUUCACCUCAUGAUUGUCACCUAACUGAAAUUCAUACAGUGAAAUUCAUUCACAAGUCAUACUAAAAUGAUUUUAGGAAAGAAAUCUGUUUUUUCCACCGUUGUAUUUAUUAAAUUUAAAUUUAAUCUUAAUAUUCUUUCUAUAUAUUUUUGUUUCCUACUACCUGCCUAUUACGUACCUGUCCUAUGACAAAGACUCGUCUCUAGAGCCCUCUAGAGCGUAGUCCAAAUUUCGUCAUAUAGGUUAAUGGACAAUUUACACAAAUUGUUCCAUUGCGCUUGUUCACACACCUGGAAAAUUCGAUUGGUCCUCCAAUACAUAUUUAUCGGCAUUCUAAAUAUUCUUUAUAUAUUUUGUUAGGAAAAGAAAGUGAAAAGGAAAGAAUAACAAAUUUAAAUAACGCAAUAAUAGUCUUCUUCUAUAUAAUUCCGAGAAUGUAUUCCAUAAAUAGCUCGUUAUUUCUGCACAGCACUUAAAAAAAAAAAAUGCAACUCUUCGCGUUUGUUUAAAGGUUAUGGUGCCUUUAAAUUAACGACAUUUUAACAAAACAAACUUUUCAUGACCUAUUGUUGUUUGUGUGCAUAUAAAAGACGAAAAUCAAAGUUCAACUUAUAAUAAUCAUAUCUACGCAUAACCUCAAAACUGAAAAAUAAAUACAUUGCCGUGGAUUCACUCUCUGACAAUGAAUUGAAUAAAUUGGAAAAAAGUCUGGGACUGUUUAAUUCAUUCGCUGUUUGCGACAUUUCCCUUGAUAGUUCUUUUCUCUCGAAAAUUAUAAUUUUUCAAAUAAAAAUGCACGUAAUUGUAGUCAACAGUCAAGUCGUUUUCAAAAUAUAUGGGUUCACGUUUUUAAUAAAGAAAAGUAAACAAUUUCGCUUUUCCCUAAGAGACGCUCCUUCUGGAUUCGCAACCCCUGCCAUAAGGCGAAUAUCUAUUUCUUUUUGUUUUUAAUAAGUUUAUUAUACUUAAACAUAUUUACUAAACAAGUACGUCUAAUACGUCUACGUGUUGAACGAUUCGGAACGUAAACCAUUUAUUGUUUGCGGUAAAUUAAUUCUUACUAAUUCUUUAUAAUUGAUAUCGCAUUUGGAAAGUUUCGGUAUAAAUAUAGAAAGGAAACUGGAAUUUUUAAUUAUUAAAUAAAAAACAAAAAGAAAGAAUUUUAAAUUGAAUUGAAUUGAAUUAUAAAAUUUCUACUAAUUUUAAAACUUAACUAAAUUUAAUUUUAAAAUCAUUCUAUUAACCGAUCUUUAUACGAUAAACUUUUGUGACAACAGCUACAAGCAUAUGUAUAUUCACUUUAUUUUACAUAUAUAUG